AUGCCUCUCUACCAGCCGGCUGACCUCAAUACGCCUGUGUUAUCGCAGUUCUCCCUCAAGGGCAAAAUAGCACUGGUUACAGGUGGCUCAGGGGGUAUCGGUCGUCAAGUCGUUACUGGUCUCGCCGAGGCUGGAGCCGACGUUGCAAUUAUCUACCAUAAAGCAACCGAUGCCCAUGAGAUCGCAGCCAAGAUUGCUGAAAAAACAGGAGUACGAGUUCAGGCCUUUCAAUCCGACGUAACAAAACGAGAAACGAUAGCAAAGACGAUUGAGCAGAUAGCAACCGAAUUCGGCCGUGGCCGCCUCGACAUUGUCAUCGCGAACGCAGGGGUGUGCCAAAACGUCCCAUCUCUGGAGUACGAUGAAGAAACCUGGAAUUAUAUGAAUAGUGUCAACUACGAUGGUGUUAUGUGGACCGCAGUAGCAGCUGGGCGGAUCUUCAAGAAGCAAGGAAGAGGGAACCUGAUUAUCACGGCAUCUGUCAGUGCCAACCUCGUAAACGUCCCACAGACUCAGGCUGCAUACAAUUCCUCAAAGGCUGGUGCUCUACAACUCGGGAAGAGUCUUGCUGUAGAAUGGGUCGAUUUUGCAAGAGUGAAUUGUGUUUCACCAGGAUACAUCAUGACUGAGAUGUUGACAAGACAACCAAAAGAACUCAUUGACAAAUGGUUGUCUAUGAUUCCCGCAGGGCGUGUGUGCAACCCCGAGGAGUUGAAGGGCCUCUACGUUUUUCUAGCCAGCGAUGCUGCUUGCUAUAUGACAGGGUCAAAUAUUAUCAUCGACGGAGGGUUUACACUUCCUUAA